AUGGCUAUCCUCGAGGGAGCUGCUGGAAUCGAAGUCGCGAUUCUGGUCAACGGCGAAGCCUGCCAGGAGUUUCCGACCGAGAACGAUAAAGUUGUUCACCCCACGCCUCAUGUGGUAGUCUACCGGCAACUUUACACCGUUACCAAUUACAUCGAAGCUGUCACCGGCAAGGCCUUCGAAAUCAAGUUGGGAGUCAAGGACCCGUACUAUUUCAACAGCCCUAACAUUGGGUUCAGCCUUUACAUCAAUGGUUCCCGCCGACUGACACAGUUCUUGAGCAAAGAGAAGUUUGAAGAGUCCGGAGGCAUCUGGGAGUCGGUCGUGGAUCGUGUUUUUGGCAUCUCAGAUGACGGACUUAAAGAGCUGAGGGUUAUGCACUUUGACAAUGUCGAGUACACACUUGAUAAGACUAUCAAUAGCAAGGAAGAGAAGGCAGUUUCCAAGCUCGGAGAAAUUGCUGUUGUAGUCUCACGCCGAGGUGCUCUGAAGAAGGUCCCCGCCAAGCAGACGCCUGUCAGAACUGCGAGUAACACCCCCAAGAUAUUCCAUGAAAAGCUCCUCGUCAAAGGAGCUCAGACACAUACGAUGAGCUUGGGUGCCGGUAUUCCGUUUCGCGAAGAGCUUACAGCUUCUUCCGUUGAGGCCGAUUACCUCGAUGGAUCUGAGAUGCCGCUGGUGAUCUUCCGAUUCAAGUAUCGCUCUAUGGAGGCUCUCAAGUCGAUGUAUGUCAUCCCACGUACUCCGUCUCCCGCGCCAGAAGAGAAUCGUGUUACACUGGCCAAUCGAUCCCGCUCCAUCACCGCCGGUCCCUCGCACAUUCCAGAUCCUACCUCAAGCGCCCGAUUCAUGCAGAAAGUGGCGGCUGUCGCUCUACCAAUCCUCCCUGAAUCCCCUGAAAUCAAGCCCGACCCUGCUACCAAGGAGGAGGAAGAGGAGAACAUUGCGAAGAACGAGGCCGAUCUAGCCCCAGCAUCGAUCAAGAGAGAGCGGGAGGAUUCGCCUCUCUUAUCUACAGGCCGCAGAGAGAAGCCCAAGAAGCCCAAGUACAAGACGAAGGUCACUGUGGACUUGGUCUCAGACGAUGAGGAGCAUGUUGUACUGGAUGAGUGA